GUUUGGUAGAAUUGUUAAAGAUUUUGAAUAUCCAGUUUAUAAUUAUAUUGAUUAUGAAGAAAUUAAACAAGCAAAAGAAGAUAGUAAAAAAUGGUAUAAAGCUAAUCUAUAUUAUAAAUCAUGGAUUGGUGAUUGA